CCGCAGUGGACCGAGAAGUGGUCGGACGUGUACCACGGGAUGGACCACAUGCAGUGGUACUCGGUCUACGGCAACCACGACUACGAGGCGCCCGACUGGCGGUGCGGCUGCCUCUCGGACCCGAAGCAGUGCCACCAGGUGCAGAAGCACGGCGCGAGGCACCGCAACACGUCGUGGUACAUGCCCUCCACCUACUACCACGCGCGGCCCCUCCCGGGCGUCAACAUUGAGGUUGUGGCGCUCGACAUGAACGCGGCCGACGCGUCCAAGUCGUGUCCCUGGCUCGUCCAGUCCGAGGGGUGCUCGCCGGCGCAGUGCCUCCGCACCCUCGCCGAGCGGGAGGUCGCCUCGGCGCGGAUGCUCCGCGAGCGGGUGGCCGCCAACCGCGGCGGGAACUUGCUCGUCGUGUCGCACUACCCGACCGACUUCCUCCUCGGCCGGCGGCCGGGCGGCAUCGACACGAUCGGGCUCCUCCGCUCGCACGAGACGCGCAUCUCCUACUUCGGAGGCCACCGGCACGCGACCGCUGCGCACGAGUCGGGCUACGCCGGCACGGCGUCGAUCGCGCCCAACCGCAAUUGGCUGACGGGCGGCGGCGGCGGGUGGGCGUGCGACGGGCAGCAGGGCUUCCUCGUGGGCGAGAUCAUGGCGGACGGGCGCGCCGUCAAUGUGGAGACGGUGCUGAUUGACGACGCGAGGUGCUGCACCGACCCGUGAAGCGUGAUCUGGCCGUUCGCUCUUUUUGCUCGACCGAUCAGCUGGUGCCCAUGCUCACCUC